UAUGGAUAAACUUAAUGAUCAAAACUCGAAACCAUUGAAUUCAGAUUCUUCAGAUUCGUUGCUUUAUGGAAGGUCAUUAGAGAAAGUAGGGAUUAAAUCGAAUAUACCAAAAUCUCGAAAAUUGAAUCCAUUAAUUCCAUUAAUUGUUAUGUUCUCAAAUGAUAGUCCUGACAAACUUUGGGAAAAAACACGAAAGGCUAUUGAGGAAGUAGGAAUUGGAAAUGCGACUUAUUAA